GCCAUGGGCGCCCGCGGCCGCCGGGGCAGCUGAGGUGCGGGCGGCCGCCGGCGCCUUUGUGAGCGGCGCGGACAACAAAGGCGCAGCCGAGCGGCCGGAGCCGAGGUCAAGUGCAAGGAACUCACCUCUUCGUGCCAGGCACUGGACUGAGCACUCUGGGAGGAUUAGGUCGCUGAGUCCUCACGGUUCCCGAGACUCAGAGAGGUUAAGCAACUUGCCUGAGGUCACGCAGCAUAACAUGGCAUCCAGGUUCCUGCUGGUUUCUUGAGUGAAACAACCAGAGUCUCAAAGGUGGAAGCAGGUGGCAAGUAACCUCUGCGAGGGGCUCACAGGAGGCUCCAGUGGACCGUCACCACCUGCAGGCGAGCGCUGGGACGGUGCUGGUGAGCUGCACCCUGUCUGAUGGCUUCCUCCCAUCCUCCACAGGCUGCCAUAGGAGAUCGGCUGCUUCCUGGAGGCCCAGGCCCCUCCCCCGAGGCAGAGGACGACCCUGGCGAGGCCUUUGAGUUUGAUGACAGUGACGAUGAUGAUGAGGACACCAGUGCUGGCCUGGGCGUCCCAGGCGCUGCUCCAGAGAAGGAGGCAGAAGACGCCCCACUGAUCCACUUGGACUCCGCCCCCGUCGCUGACCCAGACCCAGCGGCCUCACCGCCCCAGACACAGGGGCCGGCCGUGGUGAGCAAUGGGGAUGCCGAGGACACAGCUUUCUCUGGGGUCCGGCACUCCAGCUGGAGACGGAAGAGCUCCCGUCGCAUCGACCGGUUUACUUUCCCCGCCCUGGAAGAAGAUGUGAUUUACGACGACGUCCCCUGCGAGAACCUGGACGCCCAUCAACCCGCAGGGGCAGAGAGGAACCUGCUCUACGAGGAUGUGCACCGGGACGGGGCACCCCGGGAGACGGAGGACCUAGGCUGGAGCUCCAGUGAGUUUGAGAGCUACAGCGAGGACUCCGGGGAGGAGGCCAAGCCAGAGGCGGAGCCCGCCAAGCACCGAGUGUCCUUCCAGCCCAAGAUGACCCAGCUCAUGAGGGCCGCCAAGAGCGGGACCAAGGACGGGCUGGAGAAGACGAGGAUCGCCGUCAUGCGCAAAGUGUCCUUUCUGCACAGGAAGGAUGUCCUUGGUGACUCGGAGGAGGAGGACAUGGGGCUCCUGGAGGUCAGCGUUACGGACAUCAAGCCCCCAGCUCCGGAGCUGGGCCCCAUGCCAGAGGGCCUGAGCCCGCAGCAGGUGGUCCGGAGGCACAUCCUGGGCUCCAUCGUGCAGAGCGAAGGCAGCUAUGUGGAGUCUCUGAAACGGGUACUCCAGGAUUACCGCAACCCCCUGAUGGAGAUGGAGCCCAAGGCGCUGAGCGUCCGCAAGUGCCAGGUGGUGUUCUUCCGCGUGAAGGAGAUCUUGCACUGCCACUCCAUGUUCCAGAUCGCCCUGUCCUCCCGCGUGGCCGAGUGGGACUCCACCGAGAAGAUUGGGGACCUCUUCGUGGCUUCGUUCUCCAAGUCCGUGGUGCUAGACGUGUACAGCGACUACGUGAACAACUUUACCAAUGCCAUGUCCAUCAUCAAGAAGGCCUGUCUCACCAAGCCCGCCUUCCUCGAGUUCCUCAAGCGGCGGCAGGUGUGUAGCCCCGACCGCGUCACGCUCUAUGGGCUGAUGGUGAAGCCCAUCCAGAGGUUCCCGCAGUUCAUCCUCCUGCUUCAGGACAUGCUGAAGAACACCCCCAGGGGCCACCCGGACAGGCUCUCGCUGCAGCUGGCGCUCACGGAGCUGGAGACGCUGGCCGAGAAGCUCAACGAGCAGAAGCGGCUGGCCGACCAGGUGGCCGAGAUCCAGCAGCUGACUAAGAGCGUCAGUGACCGCAGCAGCCUCAACAAGCUUUUGACCUCAGGCCAGCGUCAGCUGCUCCUGUGUGAGACGCUGACGGAGACCGUGUACGGUGACCGCGGGCAGCUGAUCAAAUCCAAGGAGCGCAGGGUCUUCCUGCUCAACGACAUGCUGGUCUGCGCCAACAUCAACUUCAAGGGCCAGCUGGAGAUCAGCAGCCUGGUGCCCCUGGGGCCCAGGUACGUGGUGAAGUGGAACACGGCGCUGCCCCAGGUGCAGGUGGUGGAGGUGGGCCAGGAGGGCAGCUCCUAUGACAAGGACAACGUACUCAUCCAGCACGCCGGCGCCAAGAAGGCCUCGGCUGUGGGCCAGGCCCAGAAUAAGGUGUACCUCGGGCCCCCGCGCCUCUUCCAGGAGCUGCAGGACCUGCAGAAGGACCUGGCUGUGGUGGAGCAGAUCACGCUCCUUGUCAGCACGCUGCACGGCACCUACCAGAACCUGAACAUGACCGUGGCUCAAGACUGGUGCCUGGCCCUGCAGAGGCUUAUGCGGGUGAAGGAGGAGGAGAUCCACUCGGCCAACAAGUGCCGCCUCAGGCUCCUGCUUCCCGGGAAACCCGACAAGUCCGGCCGCCCCAUCAGCUUCAUGGUGGUCUUCAUCACCCCCAACCCCCUGAGCAAGAUCUCCUGGGUCAACAGGUUGCACUUGGCCAAGAUCGGACUCCGGGAGGAGAACCAGCCGGGCUGGCUGUGUCCGGACGAGGACAAGAAGAGCAAAGCCCCAUUCUGGUGCCCAAUCCUGGCCUGCUGCAUCCCUGCCUUCUCUUCCCGGGGCCUCAGCCUGCAGCUUGGGGCCCUGGUCCACAGCCCUGUCAGCUGUCCCCUGGUGGGCUUCUCGGCUGUCAGCACCUCCCUUCCACAGGGCUACCUCUGGGUCGGGGGCGGGCAGGAGGGUGCAGGGGGCCAGGUCGAGAUCUUCUCCCUGAACCGGCCCGCGCCCCGCACGGUCAAGUCCUUCCCGCUGGUGGCCCCUGUGCUCUGCGUGGAGUACAUUCCGGAGCCGGAGGAGGGGGAGAGCAGAGACGGAGACAGGAAGUGCUCGGCUGCUGACGCCUCGGCUGGAGUGCACCCCACCGUCUGCCUCGGGCUCCAGGAUGGCAGCAUCCUGGUUUACAGCAGCGUGGACACGGGCACCCAGUGCCUGGCGACCUGCAGGAGCCCAGGCCUGCAGCCCGUGCUCUGCCUGCGACACAGCCCCUUCCACCUGUUUGCCGGCCUGCAGGAUGGGACCCUCGUCGCGUACCCCGGGACCAGUGGAGGCGUCCCCUGGGACCUGGAGAGCCCGCCCGUGUGCCUGACUGUGGGACCUGGGCCCGUCCGCACCCUGCUGAGCCUGGAGGACGCCGUGUGGGCCAGCUGUGGGCCCCGCGUCACUGUCCUGGAUGCCACCAGCUUGCAGACUCAGCAAAGCUUCGAGGCACACCAGGACGCGGCCGUGAGUGUGACACACAUGGUGAAGGCGGGCAGCGGCGUCUGGAUGGCCUUCUCCUCCGGCUCCUCCAUCCGCCUCUUUCACACGGAGACGCUGGAGCAUCUGCAGGAGAUCAACAUCGCCACCAGGACCACCUUCCUGUUGCCAGGCCAGAAGCACCUGUGUGUCACCAGCCUCCUCAUCUGCCAGGGUCUGCUCUGGGUGGGCACUGACCAGGGUGUCAUCGUCCUGCUGCCUGUGCCUCGGCUGGAAGGCAUCCCUAAGAUCACAGGGAAAGGCAUGGUCUCGCUCAACGGUCACUGUGGGCCUGUGGCCUUUUUGGCUGUGGCCACCAGCGUCUUGGCCCCCGAUAUCCUGCGGAGUGACCAGGAGGAGGCCGAGGGGCCGCAAGCCGAGGAGGACAAGCCGGACAGUCAGGCUCAUGAGCCAGCACCCGUGCCCGCGAGCCACGUGGGCCGAGAGCUGACCCGCAAGAAGGGCAUCCUUUUGCAGUACCGCCUGCGCUCCACCGCCCACCUCCCGGGCCCGCUGCUCUCUGUGCGGGAGCCGGAGCCCAUGGACGGCUCAGCCCUGGAGCACAGUGAGGAGGACGGCUCCAUCUACGAGAUGGCUGAUGACCCCGACGUCUGGGUGCGCAGCCGGCCCUGUGCCCGUGACGCCCACCGCAAGGAGAUCUGCUCGGUGGCCAUCAUCUCCGGAGGGCAGGGCUACCGCAACUUCGGCGGCGCCCUGGGCGGCAGCGGGAAACCAGCCCCAUGUGGGGAGACGGACAGCGCCCUCCUCAUCUGGCAGGUGCCCUUGACGCUAUAGCCCCCACCCAGGCCGCGCAGCUGCAGGCCUGGCUGCAGCCAAGCCGGGCUCUCGGCCUGCUGUGGACCCUCCCAGCGGUCCAGGGUCCCCAGGGAGCACCGGGGGGGCAACGCCUUCCAGGGACCUGCAUGGCGCCAUGCGGACGGGCCUGGAACUCCAGUAACUACCUGAGCGGGGCAGAGGAAAACCUCUUCCUUUUUAAGAAAAAAAAAAAAUUUCAGAGUGUUUAGGGGAGUGGUUUGGGUUUGGGGAGAGGGAGGACACCUCUGGAGAUGAUGGCCUUCUUUUUAAAAGCAAAAAACACAAAACCUCACAACUGCCUGGCAAGCCCAGUGCCUCUUGUCCAGGCCCGAGCGGGGCUCAGGAGCGGCCACGCGCCCCUCCUGGAAGGGUGCGUGUGUGUGAGUGUAUGAGAGUGUGUGGGCUGGUGUGUGAAUAUAUAUAAAUACGUAUAUAUGGUGUAUAUUAUAUGUGUAUAAAGUCUGUACAUAUUGGAGCUCUGGGAGAUGCUGGAAUAAAAGGCAAGAAUAACGUCA